AUGAUUACCUCUCGUGUUUUUUCAAUAUUGAUAUUCUGUAUAGUUUCAAUUUUUGCAACAAAGGAUGUUGAAGGAUUUCAACCUGUAUUACAAAAGACAGUAGAAGCUUUGUUCACGGAUAGAUCUGACGCUAUUCAUCUUGGAGCCUGUAAGGUGUUUACGUCUUCAAAGAGGCAGUCGAAAAUGUGCAGGAAGGAACCAGGACUUGUGAAGAUUCUCGUCACCGCUAAGCAACAAGCUAUAGCGGCAUGUGAAGAAAGUUUCCAAUACGACAGAUGGAAUUGUUCCCUAGUCUACAAUAGAAAGGCUAAGAGGAGCAUAUUCAAAAAAAUAUAUAGAGAAACCGCAUUCAUACAUGCACUAGUCGCCGCCUCGAUAACUCACGCUAUUGCAAGAGGCUGUUCAUCAGGUGAGCUUUCUAGAUGUUCAUGUUUGGGAAGCUUCCAAAAUAUUUCUUCGCAAUUAAGAGGUGGAUGUGGAGAUGACUUCAAAUUUGGUAAGAGAUUCACAAAGAAUUUUCUCGAAUGGAAGCAGGCGGGUACUGAUCAAAUUGCGGAGAUAUUGAAGCAAGACGUCAAUAUUGGUAUUGAUGUUGUUGGUGAACAACUUAGAGAAGUAUGUAAAUGUCACGGUUUCUCUGGAUCGUGUACGACCAAAACUUGCUGGAAGAGAUUGGGCCCAUUCAAUUCAGCUAUGGGCCUAUUAAAGAAACAUUACCAUCACGCGGUUAAAAAGAAAUUGGUGAAUUAUACAACGAAGAGGGCCAUCACGCCCAAUGUGAGAAGAAAAAUGGAAGUUGAUAGAAAAAAAAUGGUUUAUCUACAAAAGACGCCGAAUCUGUGUGUCAGUACUAAAGGAAGAAUAUGCAAGGACAGGCAUAACUGUGCCACGCUUUGUUGUGGACGUGGCUUUAUUGUUGGAAAGAAGUCAGUCAGCUCUCGAUGUAGAUGUAAAAUGGUGGAUUGUUGUUUUGUAAAAUGUGACACAUGCGUGGAGGAAGUUGACUUUUUUACUUGCAAGUAA